UUUCAUGAGAGUAGGCGAGAGUCUCGAUAGUGAAAAGUAUACGCGUAACUGCUCGGAUAUAAAAAUACCGGCGUCCGACGUUAUAUUCGUUAUUCACAUAGUGAUUACUAUCGGGAAAUCUAUAGAUCUGACCGUUGGAAGAAGGGGUCAUUGUUUAGAGGGAUAUGAUGAGUCUUAUUGCUAAAAUACGGUACGUUUUUGCUGUGGUGGUCAUCACUGGAUCUGCACCAAAUUAUUUUCUGCUGUGGUUCCUAUGGCGAGGUAUUUCAUUGUUUUUGCCCCAAUGGAAGUAUCAGGAUGGUGAUGACUUCCUUUAUUCAAUGUACCAAAGGAUGGUGAUCUUCUUUUUUGAACACUGCACUGGUCAAAAGGUUUAUUUCAGUGGAGAUGCUGAUAGCAUAUUUAGCAAGAAAGAAAAUGUUCUCUAUUUAGGUAACCAUCAGUCUACAGUUGAUUGGAUUGUGUGUAACAUGGUUGCAAUCAGACAAGGAAGCAUAGGUCAUCUCAGAUAUGUAAUGAAAGAUACUCUUCAAGCACUGCCACUCUAUGGACAUUACUUCUAUCAACAUGGUUGCAUUUAUGUGAAACGUGGGGAUUUUAAGCAAAAAAAGAUGGAAUCUGCAUUAGAGUAUUUAAGAGAUCCAAAAAUCAAGUCAUGGACAGUGAUAUUUCCUGAAGGAACUUGCUUUGCUCCAAAUGAAUACGAUCUGAUAAAGAAGUCAAACAAGGCAGCUGACGCCAACGGGCUCAAGCCACUCGUUAAUCAUUUGACCCCUCGGUACAGAGGUUCCUUUCUCGCUCUUGCGAAAUUACGGAGUAAUUUGGACGCAAUUUAUGAUGUAACUUGCGUCUAUUCUGGAUCAUUCAAUGAAAAGAAAGAAAGAACUCCAGCACCAGAACUCAUUGAUUUUCUCCUCGGCAAAAAUCGAGAAAUGUAUAUUCACGUGAAGCGUAUUCCUAUUGAGGAUGUUCCUGAAGAUGAAGCUCUUUUCAAAACCUGGAUGCAUAAUUUGUUCAUUGUAAAAGAUGAAAUUGUGUCGCGGUUUUACGAACACGGAUACUUUGAAAAGGGUGCACAACUAAGAACCAUCGAGAAUCACCAUGCUCUUCCUUAUGCCGCUACUGUUCCAAGUUUCUUGUUCUUCAUUUCAACAUUUUUGCCUCUAAUUUUCUUCCCUGGACUGAGACUUCUAUGGGUGCAGAGUAUCAUGUUAUUCACUGUAUUUGGAUACUUGGUACUUGCUAUCAAAUCUGUUUGUUAAAUCUUAAACAUAUGACGCUGUCCUCUUCCACAAACGAACCGCCAAUAUUUCUGCCAGAAUUCUGUUCACGCUAUUUUUGCGUGGUUUGUUUCACAUCGUGUAACUGGUUCGGAAAGAUAUCGUGGGGACAAGUACUAAAUAGUGACGUCAAGUUUUGCUCAUAUAGCUAUAAACUAUGUUUAUGUUGCGCCGUGUAAACAAUCUGCGUGUAACUGUGAGUUCACCGAGAAAAGAUAUCUAUAGCUGAUACAUUUGAAAA